GGGGGUGGCCUAGCCCUUGGCCCCGCCCAGGUUCAUCCUGCAUCUAUAACAAGAGCUCAGCACCCUCAGACCUCACACUCCACCACUCACUCACUCAGGAGAGCAGCCUGGCGACCAUGGACCCCCUGACCACAGCCAACACAGCCUUCACUUUGGACCUGUUCAGAGCCCUGAGCCAUGAAGACCCCACAGCCAACCUGUUCUUCUCGCCCUUCAGCGUGUCCUCAGCACUGGCCAUGGUCUACCUGGGCACACGUGGCAGCACUGAGGCACAGCUAGCCAAGACUCUUCAUUUCGACACAGUGAAGGAGAUUCAUCCGAAAUUCCAGAGCCUGAACUCUGAUAUCAAUAAACGUGGCUCUUCCUACAUCCUGAAGGUCGCCAACAGGCUAUAUGGAGAGAAAAGCUACAAGUUCCUCCCCGAGUUCUUAGAUUCCACUAAAAAAAUGUAUGGUGCUGAACUGGCCAGCGUGGACUUCCAGAGUGCAUCCGAAGAGGCCAGGCAGGCGAUCAAUGAGUGGGUCAAAGGACAGACGGAAGGGAAAAUUCCAGAACUGUUGGCUGCAGGGGUGGUGGACCAUAUGACCAAACUAGUACUGGUGAACGCCAUCUACUUCAAAGGGAAGUGGCAGGAGGAAUUCUCCAAACAGGCCACCCAGGAAAUUCCAUUCAGGUUGAAUAAGAAAGACACCAAGAAGGUGAAGAUGAUGUAUCAGAAGAAAAAAUUCCCCCUGGGCUACAUCGAGGACCUCAAGUGCCGGGUGUGUGAACUUCCCUACCAGGGCAAGGAGCUCAGCAUGGUCAUCCUGCUGCCAGAUGACAUUGAGGAUGCGACCACGGGCCUCCAGAAGAUUGAGAAGCAGAUAACUUUGGAGAAACUGAAUGAGUGGACGAAGCCCGAGAACAUGUCAGUCGUAGAAGUCAAUGUCCACCUGCCCAGGUUCAAGCUGGAGGAGACAUACAGCCUUAACUCCCACCUCGCCCGUCUGGGGCUGACCCAGCUCUUUGAUUCCAGCCAGGCUGACCUGUCUGGCAUGUCAGGGACCAGAGAUCUUUUCAUCUCCAAAAUUGUGCACAAAUCCUUUGUGGAAGUGAAUGAGGAGGGCACUGAAGCAGCUGCCGCCACGGCUGCCAUUGCCACCUUCUGCAUGCUGAUGCCAGAAGAGCACUUCGUGUGUGACCACCCCUUCCUCUUCAUGAUCCGUCAUAAUGCCUCCCGCAGCAUCCUCUUUAUGGGCAGGUUAACUUCCCCGUAAGGAAUUCAGUCUCCUAUGUCUAAUCCCAGCUUGGUCCAAUGUCCAUUCUGGGUGGCCAAUUAGUCAUAGUUUGACAAAUAAAGCUAUUAUCCAAACUUCA